UAUCAUCUUGUGUUGUUGAGUUUUAUAAUUUUUGCUUAGAAAUCUAAGAAAGAAGAAAAAACAAAAAAGAUGCAAACCAUUAAGGAGAAGUUUCAAGACAUGAGAGAGAUGCGCGAGGCUAAAGCUGAAGCUAAGGCCGAAGAACAGGCUGAGAAAGAACUUGCAAAGGCUAGAUUGGAUGUUGCUCAUGAGGUAAGGAAGGCAAGAGAAGCAGAGGCCGAGAUGGAUUUGCAUGUUAAUAAAGCAGUAGAGAAGGCUGACAAGGAGAUUGCAAAGCACCAUGAGCUUGGAACUGAUGAACCAAUUGUUGGAAUCACAGACGAUCGCCAAGACAACCUUCCAAUGAGUUCUGGUGGAAAUCCCAAUCUGGGAACUAUGGGCACCACUAACAUUAACACUAACAAUAUGACUAACUCGGCUGGGGCUGAUCGCAACCCUAAAUUAUUUUAGAUUAAUUCUUGAUAAGCUCUCAGAUCUUCUUAUUGGAGAAGGUUUGGAGCAAGUUAUGUUGUGUUGGAGGAAGCACCACCAUUUUUGCAUGUUGAAUUCUUUCUUGUUAUUGUU